AUGCACCGCCGCAGCUCCGCGCAGAACAGCAUCCUGAUGCGCAGCACUGAUCCGCCGCAUGAACAGCCAGCCUGCAUCAGCCGCACAAUGAUCCGCCGCCAUGCUCCCGCCGCCUCCCACCGCCUCCUCUGCGCCCCAGCACACCGCGAAGCUCCGCCGCCUGGACGCCGCCGCACCGCCGCCAUAAGGGACCUGCUCCGCCGCAUACACCACCCGCCGCCUUCUAUCCGCCGCUGCUCCGCCGCCUGCAACCUCCAGCCUGCUGCGCCGAAAUGCUCACAGCCGGACCCUGCACAGCCUAACUCCUAUCCGCCUCCACAUCGACCGAAUGCUCCGACGAAAGAUCCUGCCAGUCCUGCUGCGCAUCCUGCCACGCACUCAGCACGCACGGCAUGCACCGCCACGCCAGCUAACGCCUCCUGCUCAGCCAGCCUGCUCCGCGCAAGCACCGCCGCCUGGCUCCGCCCUGCACACGCCACGCCUGUCCGCCCGCCUGGAUCCGCAGCCUGCCCGCAGUGCUUCCGCCGCCUGCAUACGCUCGCCACCACGCCGCCUGCUGCGCAAGCUCACCUGCUCAUAUCAUGCAUCCAGCUACCGCCGGCAGCAGGCUCACGACUGCACGCAAGCCUGCUAAGCGCGCACUGGACACUCCGACGCCAGCACCGCCGCCGUGCACCGCACGACGCCUCCGACGACAGCUCCGCACGCCCUAAGCCGCCGCCUUAG